CUAGCACUGUUUGCCCAGGCGCACAAAUACUGCUGGGUCCACAGAUCUCUUGUCCCGUGUGUCUGCACUCGCGGUUUGUCUGAAAAACAGCGAGUUCCCGAGCUGCUCCCCGGGCUGCUGAGCCUGUCCCCGGGCAGCGAGGACGGGAAGUCCCCAGCCUCAAGGACACGGCGCCCGAGCAGGGGACAGGUGAGAGCCGGGAGGGACCGGUGGUGGCACGGGGUGGACACGCGUGGCGCUUGUUUCCCGGCGAGGCUUCCCCUGGGCAGGCAGCGCCCUGCUGCCUCGCUGACCUCCGCUCCGGAGGCUCUGCUGGGAAGCGGAGGCUCCCGAGGUGAUAAGCCUCUCUGGGAAGAAAUUCCUUUCCUCCUACGAGGGAGUGGUGGAGUUGGGGACGCCUUGCGGGCACGUCCACACCUCUGCGCACACGCGCCAGCUCCCGGGGGACCCCGAGAGGUGGGAGCAGCGAGGCCGAGGCUUCCCGGGGAGGACGGCGGUGCUGGGGCCCUGUGGAGGAGCAGGGGCUGUGUUGACCUACUCAAAGCUGCUCUGAAGAAGUCUGCCACCACACUGAGGCCACCCGGCGGGUCCUGGGUGCUGCACCUGGAGGCUGGGGAAGGUCAGGGCACGUGAGCGGAGAGGGAGACAGAGUCCACCGGGGCAGCCCCGAGAUCCCCAGAUCACUCCCUCCUGGUGUUUGCGGCUGCAGUUCAAACAGUUCUGAUCUCAGAGACGAGAUGAGCCCUGCUAGCCUCUCGCGAGGCGGCCGUUCGUGCUGCAGAGCCUGGUGCCUUGCUUGGCCAUAGCUCUGAGGCCAGCGUGGUGCCGGCUGCCCUCACCGUGCAGCGGGGAGAGCGGUGCCGCUGGCUGGAGCGAUGCUGGAGGAUGCUGGAGGAGCCCUGGCGGGCUGUGCUGGCAGGUGAGGGGGUGUCACAGCGGCGUCAGGAGCAGGGUUGGCUUUGGAUGGGGGGAGAUCAGGGUUGCGGCUCUCCAGAGGGGCCAGCUUGAAGCGCUCCAGUGCUGCGGCAGGAGGAAUGAGAGGAAUGCGCCACGUGGGCCUGGCGACAGGCGCCCAAAGGCGAGGGCGAGAGCGGAGCCUGGGGCAAUGGCAGGGCAGCGAUGCGGGUGUGAGAUGUGCCCGGCCCCCGCCCCGCCGGCAGAUAGGGCCUGCUCAAAAGGCACAUUGUGCAUUGUGGCCGGGGCCGAGCUGCGGUGGGGCUGGCGGUGAGCAGCUCGCUCCCUCCACCAGCACAGCAGCAGCCUGCCGGCUUGGGGCUGGCGGCGAUGCUGGACACAUGGGCUGCUGCUUGGGGGCCCCUUGGCACCAGGACCUGUCCCUGGGGUGCACAGGUAAGCUAUCCGUGGGGAGGCUACAGCUCGGCUCUGCCUGGCUCGGGGGGCUGGUUUAUUCCCAUGCCGUGGGCUUUUCGGGCAUCCUGUCACCUCAUCCUGCUGUCACCGCUGCCCAGGAGCACCCUGAGCACUGCGGGGCUUGCAGAGGCCUGGGGUGCUGGAGCAGGGGGGCAGCGCAGGGCCAGCAACUGCGGCCAUGUGCCCCUGGGAGAGCAGGGCCAGUGGGAGCCAGGAGCACAGCCGGAGAGCCUGGGACCUGCACUCGGCUCCAGGCUGGGGCUGCUUCCUGCCCCGCAUUGCAAAAUCUUUCAGCAGCAGGGAGGUAAAUGAGUCACUGGCACGAAUGGGAACAACUCUCCACCAGCACUUUCAAUUGGUCUCUUGAAAGAGCUCCCAGUUCCCUUUCUGAGGCUGGCCCAAACGAAAACAAACACUGAAGCAGCGAGCACAGCCAUGAGCAAACCCACUUCUCUCACCCCAGGAAGCUCCAUCCCCAUUUUGCUCAGCUCCGCGGGGACCCAUCAGGGUGCUCGGCCACGCCACUGGCCGUGCCAGCAUGAGCGGUGCCCCACCUGUCCCCUCCUGCCCCACGGCUGCCCCCGAGGCACAAGGAGACCCCUUGGGCUGGGAGCAUUCCUCCGGGGGGCUGAACGCCUCCCCCUACCACCCUUUUUCCCCAGGAGAAGAGUGUGAGUCCUGCUGCCCCCGCUCGCCCCUGCUCCUGCCCCGCUGGGACCGCCUGCAGCGAGCCGCCGCUGAGCGCCGGGGACCAUGGUGGCGAGGGACGACCAUGGCAUCAGGUAGGGCUGGGGCACCAGAGCCAAAUGGCGCAGCUACCGAGGCAGCAGAAGGCUUGCCGGACACCUCCUCGGUGCUGCUGGCCGUCGGGGAGAGCUUCCUCCCAGAGAUUUCACUCUUCUUCUCCGUUGAGAGCCGCUCCUCCCGGUGCCUCAAUUCCCAGCUGCAGGAAGCCGCCAGGAAGAAGCUGUGGGCCCUGGAGAGCGACGACAGAGCCGUCCAUGCCCUCUUCAAGGAGCUGUCAGCCAGGCUGGUCUGUGUGCAAGCACAGGAGGAUCGGUUCCUGCUCACCUUCAAAACCCUGGAGGAAGUCUGGAAGUUCUCCACGUACCUAACUUUAGGCUAUGUGGGCAACUGCUUGGAGCAGCUUCUCUUUGGCCAGGAGUACUGGCUAAACUGUGCUCUGAUGGAGGACACGGCGAUCAGAGUUAGCAUGGAUGAAGAUCGCUUGGCCACCAUCUACCUGGGUCUGCUGCUCCAGGAAGGUAACUUUUUUUCCAGAGCAGUGCCUGGUGUCUGCCAGCCUGAGGAGGAGGGAGAGGAAGGCCUGCGGCUCCACAGGAACGAGCUGAUCCACGUGAAGAACGUUGGAGAGGAGUCCAUGUGGGAAGGGAUGUCCUUGCUGACGGGGCAACGGGGGCUGGUGCCUGUGGCAGCUCUAGAGCCCGUUCCUCACCCGUUUUACCAGUGGUUCCUGAAGAAUUAUGCCGUGAGUUUUGGCAUCUCCCAGGAGAUCAGUGGGGCAACCUCUCAGCCGAUCGUGAAAGGCAGGUGCACAGCCACAGAGGACUACAAAGGAGCAGCAUGGGAUGAACUGAGUUUCUCCAAGGGAGACAGCAUAGAAAUCAUCGGCUUCCUCAUUCCAGGACUCCCGUGGUUCGUGGGCAAAUCCCUGAGCAGCGGGAACAUCGGCUUUGUCCCGACACGAUGCAUAAAUGUCACGGCUUGUGAACCCUUGGGAAAGGGCUUUGUGUUUCUGAGCGAAGAGGAAAAAUCCCCCCUCCUGCGCAUCCCCUGCAAUGGUGGCGAGCAGCACUUCGCCACCCUCCUGGGUGAGCUGGCACGCACAGACAUCACCUCUGUGUACCGGCUGGAUGGUUUUGAACCCACAGCCAUGUUCCCCAGAGUGCCGUCGGAGGCUGUUCUCCAUGGCGGUAAGGAUAUCCAGCUGCUCCAGUCCUGGGAGGAAAUAAAUGGCCUGGCUACGGCUAGCACCUCCGAGCAGUCUAGCCCCGGGAGUGAAUCAGCCCCUGCUACGUUGGAAGAUGUUCUCCUGGACAAGCUGGAUGACUUUGAUGAUCCCAAGUUCUUUAUUGACCUGAAUGCUGGACACAUGGAAGAUGCUGAUGUCUUUGACCCCAUACUGACCUUCCUUAAUCAUGAGAGUUAUGUGCCCAGUUUUCAAAGCCUCUAUGAUAUGAGUUUUUCCUUUCUCAACUCCACUUUUUAUGGUUUCUCUGAUGAGGAUGAACUGGUCUUGUACCUUGAAACAUCCAGGAACUGGGCUAAGAGGACUCGUGCCAUUUGGGCUCAUGUAAGGCUCUGUUUCCUCUUAGGCAAGCUCUGCAUCAGAAAGGUCAAGUUCUCCCAGGCUCGGGUCUAUUUUGAGGAAGCCCUGAGCACCCUGGACAGGGGCUUUGGGGACCUGCCCCUUCUGGCUGCCUUGCACGUGAACCUCGCUUCCAUCUACCUGAAACAGAACAUGAAGAGCAAGUUCUCCUCAUUGCUGGGCAAAAUGGUGACCUUGCUCGUCUGCUUGCCUGGCCGCCCUUUUAGCUCUGAGAACGAGCUGGAAGUCAUGGUGUACGUGCUGAGGGAAGCCAUUGCCGUGGGCAAUGCUCCCCUGGAGGCGCGGGUCUGUUUCCUUAUUGUCAAGCUCUUCCUACAGCUGGGAAAAACCGAUGAAGUGCUGCCCUUUACUGAGCAUCUUCAGUGUCUCACCACCGUGUUACUCAGCCCAGACACUGGUGCUGUGCCUCUGGAUGUCACCCCCAUCUUGAGCUACCUGUAUGACAAGAAGUACUUGCCAAACAUUGCGCUGGCCUCCGCCAGGCUCUUUGUUCCCAGCGGCAUCAGGGGGGCACCAACGCCCAUUUGGAGAGCUGGCUUCAUCCUCCAGUGUGCGUCCAAGCUCCUGGGAAGCCAGCCGGAGAGGAGCAGCAUCCCGGCGCUGGCUUGUUUCUACCUCCAGCAGGCCCUGCAUUUCUCCUGCGAGAGCAGGGCCAUGCCCACCCAGAGGACGCUGUGCACCAUCUUGUCCCGGCUGCACCUCCAGCACGGCCUGCUGCACGGGGCGCUCCGCCACGCCGCCAGGGCCGUGGCCUUCAGCAAGCUGAUGGGCGAGGAGGAGGCCUUUGAGUCUUCCCUCUCCCUGGGGUGGAUGUAUCUCCUGAACAGCCAGCCGGGCCCAGCCGCAGAGAUCAUGGGGCAGCUCCUGCGGUCCCUGCACGGGACGGACAGCGUGACACAGGGGGGGGCUGUGCACAACCUCCUGGCCAUUGCCCUCAAAGGGGAAGGGCGGGUGCAGAAGGCUGCGGAGAACUACCUCCGGGCCCUGCAAAAGGCCAAGGAGACCGGCAACAAGAGGAACCAGGCCAUCGCCCUGGCCAACCUGGGGCAGCUGAGCCUCUCGCAUGGAGCGAGCCAGCUGUCUGAGCUCUACCUGCUGCAAUCUGCUCGGCUCUAUGCUGAGCUGCAGGGCUGCCAAGACCCGGAGCUGGAGGCGGUGCAGGUGCUGCUGUGGCUGGCGCAGGCCAUGGUGAACAGGCAGAGGGUGGAAGAUGGCAAGCUCUGCUAUGAACUGGCGCUGGGUUUUGCCCUGAAGUGGCGUAACGUGAGGAGUCAGCUUCACGUCACGGAGGCUCUCUGCCAUUUCUACAGCAAGGUGUCCCCCAACCUCCAGGCCUGCAUCACCUACCACGAGCACUGGGUGUCUCUGGCCCAGCAGCUCCAGGACAGAGAGAUGGAAGGCAAUGUUCGACAGACCCUCAGCCAGCUCUACCAGGCUUUGGACACCUCCGAGGCUUUGAGACGGUCUCUGGACUGCACCAAGCAGAGCCUAAGGAUCUUCAUCGACCUGGAGGAGACUGGCAAGGCGGCAGAGGCCUGGCUGCAGGCAGGAAGGCUUUACUACCUUAUGCAGGAAGACGAGCUGGUGGAAAUGUACUUCCAGGCAGCCAUUCAGACAGCUCUGAAGUCUGAGGACUUCUCCUUGGCCAUGGAGCUUUACGAAAAAGCAGGCGAUACCUUUUUUAAUGGCAGCCGAAACAGAGACCGAGCAGUGGAGUUUUAUAGGGGCGGUGCUGUGCCCUUGGCCAGGAAGCUAAAGGCCAUACAGACAGAGCUACGGCUGUUCAAUAAGCUGGCGGAGCUGCAGAUUGGGCUGCAAGGCUACGAGAAGGCGCUGGAGUUUGCCACGCUGGCAGCCCGGCUGAGCAUCAGGGCGGGAGAUCAGUUGCAAGAGCUGGUUGCAUUCCACCGCCUGGCUACAGCCUACUAUUUUCUGCAGAUGUAUGAGAUGGCAGAAGACUGCUACCUGAAGACGCUCGCCCUGCGCUCCCCCAUGCUGCAGUGCUCUGGAGAGGCCCUGUACUACUCCAAGGUGUAUUGCCACCUUGGCAAGCUGACCCUGCACAAACUAAAGGACGAACAGGAUGCAGCAGCCUACUUCCUCCUGGCCCUUGCUGCAGCGACCGAGCUGGGAGACCAGGAGCUACAAGGCCUCAUUCAUGCCAAGCUGGCCGACAUCUCCAGGGCCACGCUGGGGCCCGUGGGCACGCCGGGCUGUGCCACGUACCGGCCCCGGUGGCUGAGCGAAGGCGGCUACGUCGUCUGACCCAUCCAUCGCCGUGGGGACGUGCCUGCGAACAGCUUCUUGCCUCGCAUGGGUCCACGUGCUCUCCAGAAGCAGCAUCCCACAAGGGGUCCAGCUACCGAUGGCAAUUUAUCUCCAUGCCCCCAGCAGACAAGGGACCUGGGACCCUCGUUUCUUGGGAGCGGGGCUGUGCGCUGCGGCGCUGCCGGCAGAACGAGGCAGGAUGGGGCCAGGUGCUGGAGCACAGUGCAACGGGGAGAGAGGCAAGCAGCACUCCGGGAGUGUGGCUGUGCGGGAUGGGGACAGGGACAUGGAUGGGGAAGGGGACAGGGGACAGGGACAGGGAUGGGGACAGGGACAGGGUGCCACCCGUCCCCACCUGGACCCCACCGGACAGCUCAACCGGCGAGGGGACACCUCCGACCCGAGCGUGUUUUAACUCGAAUAGCAACUCUAUUUAUUCCUAGCUGUUCUCUGUGCUGUGUGCUCUGCUCUGUGACCCCACAGCUCCGCAGAAACCGGGUCCUGUUGGGCACCGAGCUCCAGCCCCGCUCACCGCCAGGGCGCACCAGAGCCCCGCGGUUGCGGGCGGCACAGCCGCUCCUCGUCCCGCCCGGCCCCAGCCCCGCCGCUGGUGCUGAGCCGGGGGGGGAGCGCUCCCCCGGGCUCCGCAGGCUGUGCCAGCCAGCUGGGGCUCCACGGGGAGACCCUGCUGCAAGUCCCUUCGUGUCCCUUCCAUGCUGCGCCCCUUGGAAGUGCCAAACGCGCAACGUGGGUUUCCUCGCCCCCGCUGCAAGUGCCCACUUCGUUUUCCCCUUCUGAUCCCUGUGAGCCAUCCAUCACCAGGGCAGCGAAUAGUUUAAUGCUUGUUUACCAAGCGUUCCUGCGAUGCCAUCGGGGGAACCUCAGCCAUGUGCUCGGAGGAGGCAAAUCUCUGUCCCGUUUGACAUCCAGCGAGCUGUUGGGGGAACCAGUCCAGGAAAAUCCUCUGGCUCGCCCCACGGGCAGCCCGCUCUGUGCUCAGCUCAGGUGCUCUGCACUCUGCCAUGAAGGCCAGGAUCUGUGCAGCUGCACCAGCCCGCCUGUGCACACAUCCCGUCCUCAGCUCUGUCCUCGGGGGUCCCGAAAUGACGCCUGAGGCCACCAUGAGGCUGCUGCCCAGCACCCAGGUGGGUGCAGACCCAGCAUCCUUGCAGACCCACAUGGGUGGCCAGUGGCUGUUGUGGUUCUUGUCAAAGUGAAGCCCCGUGGAGGAUGAAUCAUGCAGAGAGCAUUCUCCCUAAAAUAUCCUUUCCAGAGCCAAAACCUGAGGCCUUUCCGCCUAGCACCAGUGAGAAAAAACGGGCUUUGUUUAAACACAGCGAGUCAGAGUUUCAGCUGGUCUAAAUCAGCUGAGACAUCCUGAUCUGCAGGACUGUAGGUCUGGCCUGUAGUUUUUAACCAGACAAGUGUUUUCUAAAUCACACCAAAUGACUUUGUGGUGCCUGGGGGAAAAAAAAAAAGAGGAGGCUCGCUCCUUGAGAACUUCCCAUAGAACAUCCUUUUCCCUCAUCCACCAGCCGUCUCUGACAGAGCUGGGCUGUUUUCCUAUCAGGAUGAGAGGUCAGGGUGGCCAGGGCUGAUUAAACACCAUAAUAACACUUGGGAGUAAAGUAAAACUUGCUGCGUGCCAGCCCCUGUGUCUGUGCCCAAGGGAGGGUGAGGACCCAGAGUUCCUGCAGCUGGGGAGGAGACUUCUCCUUGCCCCCUUCUCUCUGGGCAAGGAAAAGCAGAUCCUUUGGGGUCUUUGUGCCACAGGAGGUCACCGGGUGAUGGCACAGGCCCUGGGGCAGCCUGACUGGGGGUUAUCACCUUCCACCCCUCCAUCCCUCAUUCCCGGGGCAUGGGGCUGGGAGCUGUCUGUCUCGGGCUCACCACGGAGCUGCCGGGUGUGUGUAGGGAGCACAGAGACCAUGCCGUGGGUGCACACCCCAAGGUGCUGCAGGGUGCAGAGCUGUGGCGUUGCUUCACCAACGAGGAGGUCAGAAGAGAAGGAUGGUAGCAAGACAGGAGAUAUUUAUCCUACAGGCACUGCCACCAGUGCCCAGCCCGCUUCACCAAUGCAAAAGCCACUCUGAGCAGAGGACAAAAUAGGGGAAAGGGAAUGGGUGGAUCAGGUCUCCCCGUAUCCCAGGUGUCGUUGCCGUGCUGUGGCUUGUGACUCAUUUCUGAGCUGCAUGUGACUGCCUGCUCCGUGCCCAGUCCCGGCAGUUUUCCUGCCUCCAGUCCCAGGCCAGCAGAGCUGGAAAUAGCACCAGUGGGUCCACGUGUGGCAGCAUGCGCCUCCACACGGCCACAGAAACUGCACCUUCCCUUCCAGCACGUUCAGAGGGUGAAGGGUGCUGCUGGAGGAACCUCCUCGCAUCGGUGCCAGAGCUUGUGCGUGCCUGGGGCCAUCCCCUUGCUCUGAUCUUCCGCAGGUGUGAUCCUCCGGGCACCAGCACGACCAGCCCUGAUGCAAGCCUGCAUAAGAGUUGAAGCUGACACCCUGACCCCAUUUUUGUCUAAUGCCCUGGGGGGAAUUAAGGCCUGGCAUAAAGAAGGACUGGAUUUCUUUAACAUAUGCUCAUUCUUGGACAGCGGAAAUACUACAAGAGUAAUUCCUGGAUCAUCUGAGCUCUGGUGUUAGCCUCCAGGGGCAUUACAAAAAAGGAAACACUGAUAACUGCACGUAUGGAUACGGACAGAAGUGUUGAGAUAGCUAGAUUUAUUUGGGCUUACACAGAAUGUACUCCUUCCUGCAGAAACACAACGCCCAGCAGUAAUAAUUACUAUGAGCUGACAUCUUUCAUUGUACGCUGCUGCAAAUCGUCCCUGUCUGUGCUGGACAGAGAGACCUUCCUAUUCCAGCUGCACCAUACAGCACCUGAGGGCCCUCUGGGUUAGCUGAGGGGCAGAAACCUUCUCCGAGUGCUGUCAAAGCCCAGCAGUGGGGCAGGGACAGUGCGCGCUUCUUGAGUGAGACGUUUGAAUUUCAGGAUGUGCUGCACAGAUCCAGGGAGUGGGUAGGAGCCAUCCUGAGGACCUGUGCCUGGGCAUCCCUUAACCAAAAUAACCAACCACAGCACAGCAGCCAGCCCUGCUAGGAGCACACCAGGGCUGUACUGAGCUCUUCUGUUCCCAGGUUUUGCAGCCGGAGAUGCUGUCCGUGGAUCUUACAUCAUUUACCCAUCCCCAUCAACCUUGGAUUUUGGCAGAGGAGAGGUGCUGGCCUCCAGCAGUCUGCUUCCCUUGGGGCUUGUUGAGGAUGCGGAGGAGCAAAGCCGCGGGGGCAGAGCUCACCUUAUCUCAGGGGCAGCUGGUCCUCUGCAGCCAGCAUCUUCCUGCGCUGCUUGGGAAAGUGAUGAGAGGUUGGUAAACACCAGCUGUUCUGCUAAGCAGAGGUGGGUGAAGUAUGUAAAAUGGGCAAUUUAGAUUAAAAAUCAUUUAUUUUCAGAGCAAGCCGGGUUUUU